AUGUUCAAAUUGAUUGCCGUUCUUCUCUUCACAGUGGCGCUGGUCUCUGCCAAGCCCCAGUUCCUGGCCCCAGUGGCCUACAGUGCUCCCCUUGUCGCUGGCCCAGGAGUUGUCACAGCCACCAGCUCUCAAGUAGUUGCCAGGAAUUACAAUGGCGUGGCCGCUCCUCUGGUCGCCGCCUCAGCGCCUCUGGUUGCUGCUCCUGCGGCCCUUCCCUACUCAGCUUACCCGGCUUACUCCGCCUACUCUGCCUACCCCUACACCGCUCUGCGCUAUCCCUAUGCUCCCUACGUCUUCUAG